CAAAAAAGGGAGCGGUCUCCAGUUACGUCAGCAGACCAAUAAGUGAGUGCGCGGGCCGGUCCGCGAAUGGCCGGCUUCGCCUCCGGCCACACCUCGACAACGCGCCAGGCGUCGACGCCGCCCACGCCCCUCGACUUUACCCGCUGCCUACCGACAUCUUCCAACCUCGAGGAUUCCCUUACUCCAUGAUAUGCCCCGAAACCACAACGCAGGCCCUUCCACCCUCCGCAACCGGAACCGUGUCACAAACAAAACUCGCCUCAAGGUCAUCACUGAGAGCAUCGAUGCAGACCCGAUCGUGCUCGAUGAAGAUGAGGAAAAGGCCAGGGUGGUUUCCACUGCCGGUGUCGACGCUGAGGAUGCAAAUGAACACCACUUGCAGGCAGUGUUGUCGGCGGCGGCCACGCGGCAUCAGUCCUCUGCACGGUCUACCAGAGGGACACUGGAGAAGGAGAAGCCGGCGCCAGUGGCAUACAUCCCCACACCCGAUAGUACUGGACUGGUGGACAAUUACGAAGAGCUGUACCCUCCGGAAAGAUGGAAGGACCCGGCCACUUAUGUCAAGUUCUCGGACACGGUGGAGGAGUCCACCCUGUUCGCACUUGCGGAUGGCUUCAUUUACUACAUGGAUGAGCGUGACAAGGAGUGGCUUGACCGGAACAAUGCUGAGGCCGGCGGCGAAGGCACAAGUGCGCAGGGUGCCCUGUCCGGCACCAGUACGCGUUCGGGGAGGGCUUCCAAAGCCAAGGGCAAGGAUCCUGACGUCGCUCAAGCCGUCGCCAUGUCCGAAGACGAGUUCGAGCUCGUCAUGGCAAUCUUCGAGAAAGUGACUCAUGAGAAGACAGAGUUCUUGCAUCAUGGACUCGAGCAGGGCACGCCCUUCCCGCCGUUCACUGACUACCAAGACACGUUCGCGGAAGAGUUGAAGCCUUCAAUGUUCGCGCUAUACACUGUUCCGGAUUGGGUACCCACCCCAGCUCAUCUUUCUCGAUUGGCUCGUGCAAUCUAUCCACAUUGGCAAGAACGACGCAUGGAACGCGGGGGUCACCCCAUUAUACCCGUUGUCAAUCUCGAUGAGAUGGAUACGAUGAACGAGUCGUACAUAUGUUUCCGAAGGCGCGAGAUCAAGGCGGUCAGAAAGACACGUGCGCAACAGGCGACCUACUCGGACAAGAUGAUGCGUCUGCAGACCGAACUCACGCAGGCGUUCGACAUUGCAAGUGCGGUCCUACGACGAGAACAGCUCAGACGCGAGGCAUGUAUCCAUAGCAACGCUGUCUGGAACAGGCGGUGCGAUCUUGUCGAUCUCAAGCGGAAAUUCCCCAGUUUGGGCACAAAGGAGGACGAGGAACUGUUCCACGACAAGGAACGGGUGGCGAAGAAACCGAAACCAGAGAAUGCUCGCAUCCCGCUCAGAUUGCGUACGCGCGACAACGGCGACAUGCUUUCUCCUGUGGCUCAUGAGGCAGCCAUCAAGCCGAAAGAGCGACAGGCGCACAUACAGCAACUUGUCGACCAGGAUUUGGCCCGGAGGAAGGAGAAGGAUCAGAAAUGGGAAGAUCAUACCGACAACCCUUACCAACCUCCUCCUCAACCAUACCCGUGCAAGCUGUUCAAGUACAUCACGUCAUCCCGUUCCGCGUCCCAGUCUUCGGCGAGUUCGGACGCAACGAUCAAGCCGCUUGCGCGGCCACCCCGUGCAGGCCGCUUACGCUUCGGACGUGGCGGACGGAUUCACUUGGAUCGACGUUCAUACUCGAAAGAGUCGUCCGACUCUUCCGGCUCUUCGUCGUCAUCGUCGGACAGUGAUGAUGCGGAAGAGCAGGACCACAAGCGACGACUGGCGGAGAGAUGGAGGUACGAUGCCGAUGAUGUCCCUAUGGUGGGUCCCGACGGUCCGGAAGAGAAGGAUAGAGUUCUGGUCGACGACUACGACUCCAAAUACCUCGUUCACCACAUGACCCUCCUGACGGAGCAAGAUCUAGGCAGCCUCAUGACGGAUCCGACCCUCGUCGUGACCUUGAGCGAUGGCCGUCAGCAAACAAUCACGCCGUUUAGGCCAGGCUCGCAAGGGCUGUAUGGUCGCUCUAUGCCACCCGCCCCGCGACAGCUCACGGCGCCCAUGACACCUGCACGUCCCAUCCAGUCCUUGCAGUCGUCGAGCUCUGGCAUCUCGAUCUCGCAGGCGGGGACGCCGGUUUCCGUAGCCACGCAGUUGAAGCCGAUGGCUCCCCCCACGAUCCCUCACAUGCGUAUCUCGUCGAAUGGAGGCAUCCGGGUACCGGGACUGCCAGCGAUCAACAUGCAGGCUCCGCUUGCUUCCCCUCCAGCCGCGUCCGCGAUGGCACAGACGAACGGCAAUCACGAUGUCAGCGGUCACGCAGAUGUGACCGAACAGCCGGCCAAGUCGCCCGCGCUGCAAAGCCCUCGUGGACAACAGCAAGGGUCGCCUGAACGUCAAGCCACCGAUGCUUCCACCGCCGCCACCACCUCUCCCAUGCGUGCGAAGGCCCAGCCUCCGCAAGCGAUCACUAUGCCCACCGUGCCUAAUGGCUACCAUAUCCCGAAUGUUAAUGCCUACUCCGCCACUAUGCCCAAUGCCACUUACAUGCAUGCAAACAACCGUUCCAACGGCUUGACCCUGCAGCAAAUGCAGACGAUGAAGUCGGCCUAUGCGUCUAUGUCCCCUCCCCCCGAUAACUCAAUGCAGGCUAAUACCGCCAAUGUCCAACUCCGAACCCCGGGCUCUUACCUCGGUCACGUACACCAGAACGGCCAUCCCAACUACGCUCAGCUGGCGAACGCUCGGCAUAUGCAGCAGUGGGCAGCGGCAGCGGUGGCCCAACAGCAGCGUCCGCCGUCUGCCAACAUGGCGGAAAACAACGGCGCCGAUGGCAUGCCUCCGCCCGCAAUGUCGCCACCGCUACCUGCCAUGCCCGUACGGACGCCGUCAGCCAAUGGUAUGCGCACGCCGAUGUCGCGAGGCAUGGCUGUCCCUGGGGUCGCCCAUGCGAUGGGCCAACCACAGGGACGGGCAUCGCCCGCGAACCCCCACAUGGCUCGAAUAGCGACGCCACUCACGCCGUCGCCGCAUCUGCUGAACACCUCGUUAGCGGCGACCCAACCGCAAGGGUCGCCGACGAGGUCACCACAGCCACCGAUGGCCUCGCCAUCGAUGCAGGCGCGGCAGGCAGUGGGCAGUUCUGGGGCGGGGUAUUAGCAGCUUUCUGUGAUUAAUUGUAUCGCGUACUUGUAGUUAGCUCCCGAUUCCUCUUUGGUCGUCGUCUCCUCGUCUAUUUCUCUUUGUCUCUAUCGUCUUUCCUUGCUGUUGACCAUACUUUAUAUAGCUAAGCUGUUUCAUGAAUAUGUCAGUUAUGUGUACGUCCGUGGUUGUGCAGCCAUGCGUAAAUGCAAUCCCCUCUCUGUGCAAUGCUACGCCCGUGUAAAUGUGGUCCGCCACCUGCGCGCUAUUGUUCAGCGCUGGUCGGCGCGUUACACAGAUGUAUGCUCUUUAAAUGCAGGCAUAAUGUCCUCAAAAGAAAACGCAUAUCCAAACGUGUGCAGCUCCGCAGAGUAUGCUAUGCGCGCAUUGACAGCUGUGCCUCAGAUGCACCACUGGCACUGCCAAUGUGUGGACCAAGUCUAAAUACGGUGGACGGACCCCGG